UUCGGGAUCACGUCAGCGUCUCGCGGGUAGCGGGACCCGUGGCGCCACCCAGAGGCGGCCUUGCCAAAAUGGCGCUUGCUCAGAAGGUGCCGAGGCUAUAGGAGUUGCCGAAGCAGGUCCGGAAGCUACCGAGCGAGUCCGGAAGUUGCCGAAAGAGAGCAGCGGGGAAAGAGGAUGGCGGAUCUCAUCGCAAGACUUCGAGAGGACGGGAUCCAAAAGCGUGUGAUACAGGAGGGCCAAGGAGAGUUGCCUGACUUUCAGGAUGGCACAAAGGCCACAUUCCACUUUCGGACGCUGCGCAGCGAUGAUGAAGGCGCCAUACUAGACGACAGCCGGACACGGGGCAAGCCCAUGGAGCUCAUCAUUGGCAAGAAGUUCAAGUUGCCUGUGUGGGAGACCAUCGUGUGCACCAUGCGUGAAGGGGAGAUCGCCCAGUUCCUCUGCGAUGUCAAGCAUGUAGUCCUGUACCCGCUGGUGGCCAAGAGCCUCCGCAACAUCGCUGAGGGCAAGGACCCCCUGGAGGGGCAGCGGCAUUGCUGUGGGAUCGCGCAGAUGCACGAGCAUAACUCCCUGGGUCACGCGGACCUGGACGCCCUGCAGCAGAACCCUCAGCCCCUUGUCUUCCACAUUGAGAUGCUGAAGGUGGAGAGCCCAGGCACAUACCAGCAGGACCCGUGGGCGAUGACGGAUGAGGAGAAAGCCAAAGCCGUACCACUCAUCCACCAAGAGGGGAACCGCUUAUACCGCGAGGGGCAGGUGAAAGAGGCCGCCGCCAAGUACUAUGAUGCCAUCGCCUGCCUCAAGAACCUGCAGAUGAAGGAACAGCCUGGGUCCCCUGACUGGAUCCAGCUGGACCUGCAGAUCACACCACUGCUACUCAACUACUGCCAGUGCAAGCUGGUGGCUCAGGAGUAUUACGAAGUGCUGGACCACUGCUCCUCCAUCCUCAACAAGUAUGACGACAAUGUCAAGGCUUACUUCAAGCGGGGUAAGGCCCAUGCUGCUGUGUGGAAUGCCCAGGAAGCCCAGGCUGACUUUGCCAAGGUGUUGGAGCUAGAUCCUGCCCUGGCGCCUGUGGUAAGCAGAGAACUGCGGGCCCUGGAGACACGGAUCCGGCAGAAGGAUGAGGAGGACAAGGCCCGCUUCCGAGGCAUCUUCUCCCACUGACAGGGCCUCGUUCCUGUCCUGCCCGCCCUGCCCAGCCCACUGCCGCCGCCACCUGUCGUCCCCCCCCCCCCCACUGCCACUUUGCGCUUCUGUGUAUAUAAAGGCCUUAUUUAUCUCUCUGGUCUGCAGAGCUAAUCCAUCCCAAGGCUGGUCAUCACUGGCUUAGUGGGAGGCAAGAGAUCAGGCUCUCAUCCUAGCUCCUUCUGGUCUGUUCUGAGGUCUCUGGGAGUGUUUCUUUCUGGCCAGUACUGGGCAGCGUCUGGAGCCUCUAGUAUUAAGUAGUAGAUAAAGCAGGCAUGGCCCAUACAGGCCACUGUAUUCCAGCCUCAGGUCCCAUGGUCCCCUAGCUUUGGCUUUUGGAGACAGAGAUUUCCUUGGGGGCAGGGGUAAGAAAGGCUGCAGAAUAGGAAGCCAUAUGACUUAUAAACUCCCAACACUGUCUGAGGCUAGGGGCAGGGGAAGGAAGUGACCUUGGGAAAAACACUCAGGACCCUUAG